UCAAAACCAAUAAUCAAAGUGGGGUUCUGUUCAGUCAUUCAUUCAAUCAUUCCAAGGAGCCAUCGCCUCUCCUCUCUCUCUUCGUUCCUCCCCAUCACUAUACUCUGUUUUCCGUUGGACAUUGCCAGUUUUGCCUGGCCAUUGCUUGCUUGGUUGAUCAUUACUGUGUUGGGUGCAAGGUGUUAGAUUGCAGUCGUUCCUGAAGUUCUACAUCUUACUAAAUAAAGGGGAAGUUCUUCCCAAUAUUUGACUAUGGCAACAAAUGAAAAUCUUCCACCCAAUGUGAUUAAGCAACUUGCUAAGGAAUUGAAGAGUCUUGAUGAAUCUCCACCUGAAGGCAUCAAAGUAGGAGUUAAUGAUGAUGAUUUUUCCAUCAUAUAUGCUGAUAUUGAAGGACCAGAUGGUACUCCAUAUGAAAAUGGCAUUUUCCGAAUGAAGCUGUUAUUGCCACAUGACUUCCCUCAGUUACCUCCACAAGGUUUCUUCCUGACCAAGAUAUUCCACCCAAAUAUUUCAUCUGAUGGGAAAAUUUGUGUCAAUACACUGAAAAGGGACUGGAAUCCAAGUCUUGGACUACGACAUGUUCUUGUUGUCGUGAGGUGCUUAUUGAUUGAACCAUUCCCUGAAUCUGCCCUAAAUGAGCAGGCUGCCAAGAUGCUGCUUGAAAACUAUGAGGAUUAUUCCAAACAUGCCAGACUGAUCACUGGAAUUUACGCGAAGCCAAAACCCAAGCACAAGUCUGGGCCCAUUUCGGAGUCAACAACAGCACUGAAUGUCGACCAGAGCAGCAACACCUCAGUCGCCACCAGCGGCGGCGUUGUCGAUCUCAAGAAUACGACAGCCCCUUCUGCCGUGCCAUUGCCACCUUUUUCGACCACAUCCUCCAAGGAAGUGCACCCGAACAACGCAGAUCAGGUAAUAUCCGAGACAGGCGCCAGUGCACCACCAGUUACGAGCUCCACGAAGCAGAAAUCAACGGUUGGAGGCGUGAACCGAAAGGAGGGAGUUGUUGCGAAGCCUCUGGCGGAGAAGAAGAAGAUGGAUGCCAGGAAGAAGAGCUUGAAGAGACUAUAACAAGAUGGAUGCACAGUUCAUGCUACUGCAGGGUUCUUUUUUUCUUCUUCAUUUUCUGAACUCAAACUGCAGAAAAAUGUUUGUUGUGCAUUAGUGGAUAAGACUGUGAUGUAACAAAACCAAAAAAAAAAAAAAACCUUGUCCCGUUUAAUCAAAAAAACUAAAUUGCUCCCUGCUGCAUGGGAUUUUCCAUACAAAAGACACUACUGCAAAUUGGGUUUUUGGAAACAUGAUUCUCUCUAGUAAUGGCAAUGGGCAGGUCC